AAUGCAAUUUUAUGGACUGUGUAUUUCUUUGUCAUAACUUGGACUACUGACCUUAAAUGGGUGGGGUUUGAACAGGUGCGCUGUAUAAAAACGACUGGUAACGGGUUAAAGACCAGUAGUGUUGGAUGGCGAAAGUCAUUCAAAAUGGGUAACUGGAUCAUUAACCAUGGACUGACAUCCUUCAUACUGGUAAGAACAUUAUUUAUUAACUUAAUCAUAUUGGAUAAUGUAGGCUAUAGUCAAUGUAUAAUUUCAAUGAAUGCGAUACAUGUAUUUGGGCUUUUAAGGACUGCCAGACAAAGCGCAUCUGAGUGAUGCCUCAGAUGCGUAAUUUCUCUCCAAAUGCGCAAAAUAGGAUAACUUGGUUAGCCUUACUGAAACCCUAAAAGGUCGUGUCUACACUUGACACUUACAUGCGACUUCUGCUAUCAGAAUAAGAAGAUUGCAUUGAAAAGACGGGUCUAUUCGAUUUGUGGUCUGAUUGUGUUCAGAUCUGGCUGACCACUUCAGGAGGUGGUCAGGAAUGUAUUGUGUGCGGAUUUCUCCUCAGUCUGGACGCAAUUAGGCUACGGAAAGCGCAUACAAUGGGCGACGUCAUCAGCACUCCUCCCGCCAGUCUCCAAAAAACGUGUGUUUUGGGACCUUUUUAUUAUAAAGUUGGAGGAAAUACGUUCCUACCGUGUGAAGGAACGUGUUUGCUGUCCUCGUAAAUGCUAGCUAGCUAAUAUAUGUUUUGUUUGGCUAGAGUUAUGCUAAUCCUUUAUGCAAUCCUUUUAGCGUUGCUUGCUGGCUAGCUACAGAGGUAGCUACUGCCAUCAGUUGUUGUGUUAUCAAAUUUAGCCUAUUCCACUGUUUGUAGAAUGCAUACUGAUAUUUGAAUAUAGUGCGGGAAAAGGGAAUCCGAACACACUGUGGACAUGGUAGACACGUUUAAAUUUAGUGUCGGUACAUGACUCGUUCGGAAUUCCAUGAUCACCCUUACAAAAAAAGAUUGCAAUUUUUAAACUGCAGUAAAAGUGCCUAUCUUCAGUCGACUGUGGUAUUUUGGACGCAGUAAUUGCAGAAUAACUGCAGUUAGACUGCACUUUAACUGCACUCCGACUGCAAUCUUUUUCGUAACGGCAGAACUCUGAUCAGAAUACUAAAGCUACAUGCAUUAACUGUCAAGUCUAGACGGAAAGAUAUGUUAUUUUGAGAGGAAUGCAUGUGUUAUUUUUUAAGAAUAAUAAAUAGAAGAGUACAAUAUUCACAAUCCUGCUGUUUUGGUAAUCUUCUCCUGGCUGGAUUUACAGGUGGUCUGGAUGGCCAUCAACAUAUUCAUCUUCGUCUGGUUCUACUUCUUGUACGAUUUAGAGGAUCGGUUUUUCUACACGCGACACCUUUUAGGGGUGAGUCUUACCAUAAUAUUUAGGCCUUGGGUAGUGUAAACAUAGUAUACUGUAAGUGCUCAAUUAAUAAUGCAUUCAGAUGAUUUAAGUAGGACAAGUAUGAAGUAUCCAAUUUCAAAUUGGAAUUGUCCAUUGAAUUUGUUUCUAUGUAGUUACAACGUUUUAACUGAGUUUGACCCGUAGUUUACACCAUUCCUUAUGAUAGGACAGAUGUCACAGAGUGUAUGUAUAGGAUAACACACUGCAGAGGUUGACAUGGGUGUCUUUGGGCUUUCAGUCUGCAUUGGCCUGGGCCAGAGCCCCUGCAGCAGUCCUCAAUUUCAACUGCCUGCUGAUUCUGCUGCCUGUGUGUCGGAACCUGCUGUCUCUAGUCCGGGGCUCCUUCGUGGUAAGACUAAUCCUGAGGGCCUAGCCAAGGGCUGGGCUGAGGGUGGGGACAUCCAUCCUGCAAUUAUUGCCUAAUUUGUCAUCACAGCAUCUUGUGGCAAAAAUUCCUCUGUAAAUUACUGUAUAGUUAUAUUGUCUGAUGAUAACUAUAAUGGAAGGGACUUGUAUGGUUGAAGUGCUUUGCCAAUAGCUGAAAGGUUCAUGGCCUUUAAUUAACUUUUGAUUGUCAAUUUCCUAAUUUGUCUUGAACUUCCUUGUGUUGCUGUUUCAGUGCUGUGGAAUAACUAUGAGGAAACAGCUGGACAAAAAUAUCAGUUUCCACAAGCUGGUGGCCUACAUGAUUGGCCUGAUGACAGGUAUGCAACGCUUGCUUCCUGGUCAGAUAACCAGCUGAAACCGUAGCCUGAAGCCUUUAUUUUCUCUUGCACAGAUAAAUAAUCUACUCUUAAACAAAGAGUGACAAUGCUGAUGAAAUGUUUAUGAUUUAUUUGAAAUUGUUACCAGUAUUAUUUUGUCACCACAAAAUAUGACACUUUCUUAUUGUGGUGAAGGCAUAUAUGAUACAUCUAUCUUUAUGUAGAAUAGGUCAAGGGGUGAAAAAGACAGGAAGACUGAAGCUGGAAAUUGACUUACUAUGGUGUGUUGGAUGGGGAGAUCCUGACCUCAGAGAGACUAAAGGCCUUACAAAGUCUGUCUCAAGAAGAACAAAGUAAACAGCCCAUCCUUUAGAAAACAGAUCGGACACAUUCGAUAGAACAUUUGAACAUUCAUCCAGUAUCUUUUGAUAUCGCCUGAUAUACUAUUCAGGCUAUAUUGAGGAUGUCAUUGUAAACCUCCGCUUCUGUUGAAAUACCAGUACAUGGUUCAAAAUAGAUUGAAAUGCUUGAGGAAUGGAUAACGACAUUCAGACAUUACUUAUUUUAUGUUUUUAUCUCUGCCAUUAUCUCUGUGCCAUUAUCUUUGUGCCAUUAUCUUCGUGCCAAUUUCUACACUUUCUAUCCUUAAAUAAGAGUUUUUCUAUAGAAUGGAGCAGUGGUAUCCAAUCAAGGCAGUGACUCAGAUCCAAAGUCCAAUUAAUUAACAUGCGCUGCCCUGAAUGGAUGUCGAAUUUGGGGGUGGUUUAUUCGGAUCCCCAUUAGCUUUUGCUGAAGCAGCAGCUAUUCUUCCUGGGGUGGAAUGAUCCUGUUGAACAAAUAUGAGGAAUCUCUAUUCUAUUCCUAAUGCUAAAUUAAAAGUUAAACUGUCUAUUUCCUCUUGUUUUGUGGCAGCGGUUCACAUCAUUGCCCAUUUGCUGAACGUGGAGUGGUGCUACAACAGCAGGCAUGGAGAGUAUGAUGCCCUCAGCACGGCCCUGUCCAGCCUGAACGACUCGGGCAACACCACCUACCUGAACCCAAUCCGCUCUACAAACACUGUACAAGCCAUUGGAGUUUUUAUCAUUUGUUUAGUACUGUAUUAUAAUUAUUUGUAUGUAAUUGUAACUAGGCACCAAGUUUUUCCUAGUCAGGUUUGGUAUACCAAACAAACUCCUGGCACAAGUCAUUGUAGAAGUUUUAUAUAGGCCUAGACGUCAUGUGAAUGACUUGGGUGCAUUCUGAUUGGCUCCUUCUGCCUCAGACGCCGAACCUCCUGGUGUUCACCACCAUCGCUGGGAUCACAGGCGUAAUCAUCACGCUGUCACUCAUCCUCAUGAUCACCUCGUCCAUGGAGGUCAUCAGGCGCAGCUACUUCGAGGUCUUCUGGUUCACACACCACCUCUUCAUCGUCUUCUUUGCUGGACUGGUCUUCCAUGGAGCCGGGUAAGGCGCUCUCUCACUCCCACUCAUUUGAAAGCUACAAUAUCCGACCAAAUUCACAUAGAAAUGUCAGUUAUAAAUCUGUCAUUCUCAUUGAAAGCAAGGCUAAGAAGCGGUAGAUCUGUUCUAUGUGCACUAUUUCUAUGUUUCCUGUUCUUAAGUUUCGUUUUUUUGCGUGUUUUACUUUCGGUUUUGUACACCAGCUUCAAACAGCUGAAAAUACAAUAUUUUUGGUUAUGGAAAAGGUAUUUCACAGAGGUUUAGAUGGUACAAUGAUUCUCUACACUAUACUUGCUUGUUUUGUCACUUAAACUGAAAUUCUGCAAACUACUGUAUUACAAGUUAUGCAACCAGGAAAUUGCAGAGCAAUUUCUGCAUAGUGCACCUUUAAGAGUAAAUGUUUGUUUUAGAUUAGAAGUCAAUGGUUUUGUCCUUUGUCUACAGACGCAUUGUUCGAGGUCAGACAAACGCCAAUCCGCCAUAUAAUAUCACCUUCUGUAAAGAUCAUAUAGAAGACUGGGGGAAGAAUAAAAUGUGUCCCGUCCCUCAGUUUGCAGGGGGGUUCCCACAGGUAAGAGGUUCCUCAAUGACACAUAAUAAUACCACCUAUAAUCGAAAAUGACUUAAGAGAAUUGUCUUAGAUACAGUAUAUCCUGUGUUCCCUUGUCCUUAUAGACCUGGAUGUGGGUGAUCGGUCCCAUGGUCCUCUAUGUGUGUGAACGCUUGCUGCGCUUCAUCCGCUACAUUCAAGCUGUCAAAUACAGAAAGGUAAGUGUGCACUGCAGUAACCACUAACUAUUCUGUUUAAUUGACAAUAAUUGUAUUUUCCAUUCCAUGACCAGAUAAUCAAUAUCCGUCUCUCUAACGCUCCCCUCUUAGAUAGUGAUUCGGCCGUCCAAAGUACUGGAACUGCAGCUGAUGAAGAAGGGUUUUAAAAUGGACGUGGGCCAGUACGUCUUCCUCAACUGCCCUGCCAUCUCCCAGCUGGAGUGGCACCCCUUCACCAUGACCUCUGCCCCCGAGGAGGACUUCUUCAGCGUGCACAUCCGCUCCGUAGGUGACUGGACCCAGAAACUCAUCAGCAUCGUGGAGCAACUCCCUGAGGGGGCUCAGGGACCCAAGUAAGUUAUUAUCUUUAUAGAAAAGCAGACAAUGGCUUAUAAUGUAGCAGCAAGCUGCUCAUCUUUGUAGAUGGGGAGGAUAAGGGGCACCAAUGCAUGAUUUCUGUGAAGGGUCAAAGUUACAUGCACAGAUUACGUUGGAAACCAUUCCUGAAUGCAUAGGAGUUAGGUUUAGCUGGUCAAAUCUUUCUGCCCUCCCUUCCUGUUUCGAUGGCUUGACCUUUGACCUGUCCCUCAGAAUGGGCGUGGACGGACCGUUUGGUACGGCCAGUGAGGAUGUGUUUGACUACGAGGUCGCCAUGCUGGUUGGCGCUGGAAUCGGAGUCACCCCCUUCGCCUCCAUCCUCAAGUCCAUCUGGUACAAAUUCAAAGACUCCAACCCCAAGCUACGCACCAGAAAGGUAGGGAACAUAUUAAUACUCUCUGGCUUUCCAUUGAAGCUACUAACCAGACAGCUUUAGUCCUGCAAACCAGUCUAAUUCCAUGAUGCAUCUGAAUGUCUCUGUGAACGUUCAUAUUUUUCAUGGACUAUUGCCAGCAUAGCAUGUUAUAGCUUCGGUAUUGCAUUGUUUGAAAUCACAUUCACAUAUUUACUUCCUGGUUGCAGAUUUACUUCUAUUGGCUGUGCAGGGAGACGCAUGCCUUUGAGUGGUUUGCAGAUCUGCUGCAGGUGCUGGAGAGGGAGAUGGAGGAGAGAGGCAUGGGAGACUUCCUCACCUACAAACUCUACCUCACUGGAUGGGAUCAGAGCCAUGUACAUGAGGCAGCAUACAUACACCCACCAACAAUCUAUUACCAUAUUCCACUGUGAGACAUGCAGUAGUUAUGGUAGAGUGUCCGUUCACUAUCUUUCUUCCCCAUAGGCAACUCAUGUGAUGGUUCAUGCGGAUGCGGACAUGGAUGUGGUCACUGGUCUGAAGCAGAAAACCAACUAUGGCAGGCCCAACUGGGAUAAGGAGUUUGAACAAGUCUGCAAAGAGAAUCCGACGUAAGUUUGUUUACAACAUGCCUUGACAUUACAAUAUUGACAUUACAAUAUUCCCUUAUAAAUCAAAUUUGGACAGUAGUUAAUGCUGCAAUAUGUAACCUUUUGUGGCGACCCAACCAAAUUCACAAGUCUAAGAAGCUGUAGAUCUGUUCUAUGUGCGCUAUUUCUAUGCUUCCCGUUCUUAAGUUUUGUUUUUGCGUUUUGUACACCAGCUUCAAACAGCUGAAAGUAAAAUAUUUUUGGUUACGGAAAAUAGAUUUCACAGCGGUUUAGAUGGUACAACGAUUCUCUACACUAUACUUGUAUGUUUUGUCACAAACUGAAAUUAAGUGAACUUUUACAAUUUUAGCAACCAGGAAAUGGAGCAAUUUCUGUAUUGUGCAUCUUUAAUAGCAGGGGUAUUACAUAUAGCUUGGACUGUACCCUUCAUUGACUAAACUACUAUAUAUGUGUCUCUUAUCAAUGUCUACAGGUCAGUGGUGGGCACGUUCUUGUGUGGCCCUGCAGUCUUAGCUACCGUCUUGUCAAAUAAAUGUGUCAAAUACACGGACGUCGAUCCCCGAAAGACCAAAUUCUACUUCAACAAGGAGAACUUC